GGCUACAGGGAUAAUUACGCAAAAAAGCACGCAUGCCCAAUACAACUAUCAAAUAACACGUGGUAAUUGUGUACAGGGCCCUCUGUUGGAAGAUGUUGAUUCCAAAGAAGAAUAGGAAGCUAAUAUAUGAGAACCUCUUCAAAGAAGGUGUCCUUGUUGCCAAGAAGGACUUCAAUCUUCCUCAACAUCCAGAAAUCGAUGCAGUACCCAAUCUCCAAGUCAUCAAGGCCAUGCAGUCGCUCAAGUCACGAGGGUAUGUAAAGGAACAGUUCUCUUGGCAGCACUACUACUGGUACUUGACAAAUGAAGGAAUUCAGUAUCUCAGAGAGUACUUGCAUUUGCCAAAUGAGAUUGUCCCAGCUACUUUAAAGAGGCCUACUCGAACAGAAACAGCAAGAGCAAGACCUAAAGGCUUUGGGGACGGUGAUCGAGAGAGAAGAGAAGAAAGAGAGGAUAGAGAACAGUACCGGAGAGGCGCAGACUUUUCAGGUGACAAAAAGACAACUGGUGUGGGUGCUGGAGAAGGAUUCAAUCCUCAAUUUCGUGGAGUUGGAUUUGGAAGAGGGAAACCAACAGACUCUUGAACGAAUACAAGUUAGCCUAUAGCUUUCUUUUGCUUAUACUAAUUAUUGGCAUAUUGAUAUUAAUUUUUGAGUGUGUAA